AUGAAGUUUUUUAGCAAACUCCUAGACCCUAUACCUCAAUAUGUAACAUGCUGCUUACCAGCUUUAGCGAUAAUGGGGGAAUCCCCCGCAGAGUCGUUUCGAAAAAAAUUAUUGCGAAUACUCAUAUGUCUUGGAUGCCCGUUUACGGGGUUAUUUUACUCUUUGAUUAUUGGGGGUACACCAGAGAAUCGUUGCUUAUAUUGGCUUUCAUCAGACAAAAUUAAACUUGUUUCGAAAGAAAAUACCGAACCUGACGAACCUGACGAAUCUGGUAAUCAUAAAGAAUUUCCUGAGCCAUAUAGGCCUUUUGUAUUUCAUGCUUGCGAAAUCGAUAAAGAUUCCGAACCAUAUAUAGAACAACUCGCAAAACAAUGCACAGCAAAGGCAUCUGUUUUGGAAAGACUUUCAGCGAUUGGACCUAUUUACUUCAUUAUAAUUGGUAUGUUGGCAUUAAUUUCUCAAGCUCAAGGAACAAUAAAUUGCAAGGACUGGCCACACAUUCCAUUUUUGUUGUCCUGGAUACUCCCAGCAACUUUUAUAAGAGUGUAUUACGGAAUCAUAUUCAUUAAGGAUCCUGAUAUGGUUCAAGAAAAACCAAUUUUAAUUUCUAAAAAUAAAGGGCUUAGAAGAAAUAAUAGUUGUGCCGUUUUUGCAAUUGCUUUUUUCUCAAUAUUUUAUCCUUGGAUAACAUUAUUUCUAGUCUACCUUUCACCCCCGAUCGGGACUUUCGAUACGGACGUCUUCAAAAGUGGUUUGCUUUUUGCGGAUUUGUAG